AUGGAAACCGAAAACGAAUUCCCCUUCCUCCAGGAGGUAUAUACCCCUCCAUCACAACCAAAGAUCGAUUUCGUGUUCGUCCACGGCCUCAACCCCCGAGGCAGAAACGACCACCCCUACGAAACAUGGCGCCAUCAGAACGGCACCUUCUGGCCGAGGGAUUACCUGCCGCAGGAUAUCCCGCACGCGCGGGUGUUCGUGUACGGAUACAACUCAAACGUGACGAACCCGCAGACCAUGUCGACGGCGGGUGUGAAGGAUCAUGCGAACACGCUGUUGAAUUUGCUCGAUCUGGAGAGGAGUCCGCAGCUGAAUACGCGGCCGCCGAAGAUUGUGUUCAUCGGGCACAGUUUGGGGGGGUUGGUGAUUAAGCAGGCCCUGCUCAAUGCGCAUGAAGAUCCCAAGUAUACGGCUAUCCGGCUGGCGACCUGCGGACUCGUCUUCUUUGGGACUCCCCAUCGCGGCGCCAAGGGGGUCGAAGUCGGCAAGAUCGCUGCCAAGGUCGCUCGCUUCGUGUCGAAAGGACAUGCGAGCAAUGAGCUGCUGGAUUGUCUCGAGUACAAUUCCCUCUUCACACGGCAGAUGUCCAGCCGUUUCAGCCACCAGCUGGAGGAUUAUCGGGUCGUGAGUUUCGUGGAGGGCAAGGAGGUGUUGCUUGGAGGCGCUGGACCGGCGUCUGUCAGCCAUUUGGUUGUUGACGAAGAGUCGGCCGUGCUGGGCCUGCCUGGCAAUCGAGAAACCCGACUCAAACUCGACGCAGACCACUCGCAGAUGUGCAAAGUCGGGUCGCGCGGCCCCAUGUACAAACUCAUCAAGGGCAACAUCAAGCAGAUCGUCGACCAGGUCCUCGUCGCAGAACAAGGAUACAUCCCGCAACCGUCGACGUCGCCCCAUCCGGGCCCUCCGUUACCUCCGCGCAUGCACACCAACAGCAGCUCGCCCUACCCCAACGCUGCCCCUCAGACGAACACCCCGCGCGUCGUGGGGACAAUGUAUGCCGCUGUCGACAGCGACCCGCGGUCCAUCCAGGCCGCGGAGCACAAGAACGCUGGGCGCUGGGAUCAAGCCCGGAACCUCGAGUACGCCAUCUUCCAGGAACACCUGCGGACGCUGGGCCCGGACCACAACAGCACGAUCGUGGCGGGCUACCAUCUCGCCGAGAUCGACCUGGAGGCCUCGUACCUCGCCAAAGCCACAGAAUGGUGCAAGUGGGUGUCCGACCAGAGCCAGCGGACGCUGGGCCCACGACACCCGCUGACCCUGCGAGCCGAGAGCCUGAUGGGCGAAAUCCUCUGCGCACGAGGACGAUACCAGGAAUCCGAAUCGGUGUGCGCCAACGUCCUCGCGCGCCAGCAGAUGAGCAUCGGCGACGACGACCUCGACACGCUGGAAACGCGCCGCCGCCUCAGCAUGGCGUACAGCAAUCUCGGCCAGGAGCAGAACGCCAUGAGCAUCGCCGAGAAACGCCACGAGGCCCUGCAGCGCAUUCUCGGCCCGCAGCAUAUCCGCGUGCUGUCGUCCGCGCUCGACACCAUCGAGGUGCUGAUCACCGCGCGCACGUCCAACGGCGACAAGAUCCUCGAGAUGCGCUUCAGCGGGGAGAUCGCGCAGACCACGUCGCAGACGGGCCAGAUCGCGCGCGAGCUGAACGACCUGCUCGGGCCCCGCCAUCCGCUGUCCAUCCGCGCGCUGCGCCUGCAGGGGAUCCUGGAGAUGCUCGCGCAGAAUUCCACCGUGGCGUCGGAGACGCUGCGGCGGGCGCUCGCCACGGCGGAGGAAACGCUGGGGCCGGACCACACCGAGUCGAUGGCCCUGGUCGCCACCAUCGGGAUCAUGUACACGCUGCACAGCGACAGGGGUAACUACAUCGCGUUCGUGAUGCCCGGCAGCAGCAACAACAAGCUGGAGAUGGCGGCGCCGUGGCUGACGCGGUACCUGUCGUGGGCGGAGACGCGCAAGGGCAAGGACAGCGGCGACGUGCAGUCGAUGCUGGACAUGCUGGCGAACCUGCACUUCGCCCGGCAGCAGUAUGCCGAGGCGCACAAGUACUACGACCGGCUGGUGGAGUCGUACCAGGCGGCGGGGAUGCCUGUUCCGCAGCUGGUGGCCACGAAUCUGCAGACGUGCCGCAUGCAUACCAUGCUGCUUACGCAGUACUCACCCCGGGGGACGGGGUCGGCUAUCGAGGGGAUACUGAACUCGUUUGUGAAGAAGCGUUUCUAG